AUGUCGGCAGCGGUGCUGAAUACGAAGACUGCACCGGCUCCAAAACCGUCGGACGCUCUAACAGGAAGGCGCGGACCACCAACAACAACAUCCUUCCCGAAUGGGAGAGGAGAUCGAGAAGCACAUCACCAAAAAAAGAAAGCAAAAGCGGUUGGAGGAGAUGGGACGAGUUCCCUGAAUCAAAACCCUAACUCACCAAGGGAUAUCCCGAUGCCGGAGGCUGGGAUACCUGGGGGAGCAUAG